AUGGGGAAUCAGUUAGGGGUGCCGAUCACCCUACAAAAUGACGCUGAGAAGUUUGCAUUAGAGGAUCGACUUGCUCUUAAGAGGAGGGCGCUUCUCUUCCCCAAUUGCGUCAAGUUGGUGGGAGAGAAUCUUUUGCCAUGCGCAACAACUUUACGAUCAGGUAGUGGUGUAGACUCUGCGGUAAUGGUUCAGCCAGGAGAAGUGUUGUGUGUUCCUCUUGCCUUUAUGGAUAGCCCAGAUGUCGUCAUUGGUCUGGUCCCUCUUGAUGGGGGAAACGCGUCUAGCGAGGAGCCGCUGGGGGAGCUCUCACCCAGAGGUCUUCUCCUUGUUGCAGAGUCUCGCGGAGUGGAUUCUAUUGGAAGACUGAAGGAGUUCACAUUUAAAACUUCUUCGGCAGCUGCAACGACAGAAGAGACUGCUUACGUGGAUGUGACGUACCAUUUGCAGGGAUCUGUUCUCACCAUGAUCCUAGCUCCAUCAAGGCCUACCAUCCACAAUGGGACUCGCUUUCCACUAAAGGUUUUUCUUUUCCUCGGUGGGCAUCCUGUGGAGGAGGCCACCGUAAACCCAGAGGAGACUUUUGUGACGCUUAAAAAUGACCCGUUUGGCCCACAGCUGCAGUACCUCUUCCAAUGCGAUGUACACGGUGCACUCUACACUGCGGAUGAACGAGUCGAUUUGAACUCUAUCGACCCUGAGGUGGGGGAGAUUAUUGUGCUGAAGCAUGAAGAAUAUCCUCGACGGUGUUUCUUUGAGUUGAGUAUCGAACGCCGACCAUGCGAUGUUGGUGGUACCACGUUGGUGUACAGUGUGCUGCCACGCUAUAUUUUCGGUGUGGAAAAUAAUUCACUCAUAGAUGUGGAAAUUACAUCCGAGAGUGGUGAUUCCGUCGGUACGUUGGGUGUCGGCGUGCUCUCAUCCACGCCUCUGAGCAACUUUGCAUACCUUCCUCUUAAUACACAGAUGGUACGGAGUGUGGGAAUGACAAAGUCUGCGGCCUUUGAGAUUGGCGAGAGCCUAGAGGAGCGACUGGUAAUGUGUGGCCCUGUUGACCGUGAUGAAACGGAUGGCCUAUCACACUGUUUCUUGCUGCGCGCACGAACAGGUGACGCGAAGGGUGUUAUGGAGUUGCUCCCAGCGCUUUUUUUAGUAAACAUGGACCCCACACGCAGCCUUUUUGUGAGGCAUACCAUCAAGAGCAGCAACGGUACGAUAGGUAGCACCGAAAGAGUCCAUCGUGUCGUCGUGCCCUCUUCCGGUAUGCUUUCACACACUACACUCUCACGUUACGGCUACACCGAUUUCUUUGCUUUUGCGUGGGAGGACGGUGCGGAUGACUGCGCUUACUCAUCUCCAGUGGAGGCGACGCUCUCACCAGGGACGGAUUGGACAGGAUUCGUACAAUGUGGGCAUACCCACCACGCGGUACAAAUACGCAAAGGUGGUGCCUGCGAUGCCGCUGUGCUGGCAGUCAGUGCCCCGCGACGACCGUAUCUAAAACUGGUGAAUCUGACACCGUAUGCAUACGACGCUCUUGGCCCAAUGUCGAUUUCGUCCUGUACACCACCCUCUGUCAACAAUGAGGAGGUGAUUCUUUGCUCUGGAGGCAAUGAAACACGGGUACAACUCAGCCGAAACCUCUGUGCAGAUGUUGGUAGAGGUGUGAUGGCUUUUGUGAAGAAUCAGCGUGACGCUGCUACCGUGGUUUUGUCGCUUGCACCACUUAAUACGGUUACCCUUGCGGAGGCUAAUGGCCCAUCAGCACUCGCUCCUCGGAUUAACGACGAAAACGAAGAUGCUGUGCUGAAAGAAAAGGCCUUGGUGCGUGUAGACAUUAAAGCUUCUCAGUCAUCUCUCAGCAUUCGAGAUGGUGGGGAGCUUCCUCUGCACGUCACUCUUGAGAGCAGUGAAUUCUGGUUGGUCUAUCAAACGAUGAAAGUAACAGCUCAGUGCACGGUGUCAAAUGUGUGUAUACAAGGCACCUAUAAGGAGAAGAAGAACAAUGUAGUAAAACCAUUUAGCUUCAAUAUGUCCGUUCACGACGUUGAAAUUGGAGCUAAUACGAUAAAUGUUCUUUCUACGCAACUGAAUCUGACGCAACUCGAACUGGAAGUAUCUGAUGUGCUAUUGUAUCAACUGCAGCAGUUGUCGAAGCAUUGUCGCCCACAUCAACCGAAUCUGGGCGAACCAAACACUUCAAUGGCGCCCUUUCCCGUCGCGCAUCUGCCGAUGUUCAAAAACAAACGAAUGCAGCUAGUAUCUGUGGCAGUCUUUGAGGUUUCCGUUGUUAUAACAUAUGAUAGAAGCGUGAGCCCUCCUGAAGAUGUUUUGUUCCGUGGAUCGCCCAUCGGAAGUCUCAUUCCGUCUCUGCACCGUGCCUCCAUGAGGCUACCAACUGUGCGGCUUCGUGAUGUCUCUGGGGCAUCUGCCUUGGAAGUGGGGAAUAUUGUGCGGGAAGUGCUUUUCAUUGAAAUUGUGAAGCAGAUCCCAAACUUGGUGACAAGUGUUGUUUUGUUUCCAUCGCUCUCUCCGCUUGGCAGCAUGCUGAGCCGAGUUGGGUCUUUCAUUUUUGGGUCAAGAGGCAGUUCCUCUGAUUUGCCUGGUACCACCCUCAUUUGA